GAAAGCAAAACGACAUUCUGUUGGUGUUACGUCAUGACGUUGGCGUGCGUUUCUGUCGCGAGCGCGGCAAAAGGAAGCGACAUAGAACAGACGGGGUUUUUCCUCUACUUGCCCGGCUAAUAAAUAAAGUUACCGGGAGUCAUGGCGUCUACGAGUAGGACCCCGUUACAGAGCAGAAACCUGCCAUGGGUAGAAAAAUAUAGACCACAAAAACUCGAUGAUUUAAUUUCACACAGAGACAUCCUGAGCACCAUCCAGAGGUUCGUCAGAGAGGACCGGCUUCCUCACCUCCUGCUCUACGGGCCUCCUGGAACCGGAAAGACCUCCACCAUUCUGGCCUGUGCCCGGCAACUGUACAAGGACAAGGAGUUCAACUCCAUGGUGCUGGAGCUGAAUGCUUCAGACGACAGGGGUAUCGAUGUGGUCCGAGGUCCCAUCCUGAGUUUUGCCAGCACCAGAACCAUCUUCAAGAAAGGCUUCAAGCUGGUGAUCCUGGACGAGGCCGAUGCCAUGACCCAGGAUGCCCAGAAUGCAUUGCGGCGAGUGAUUGAGAAGUUCACAGAAAACACCCGGUUCUGCCUCAUCUGCAACUACCUUUCCAAGAUCAUCCCCGCCCUGCAGUCCCGGUGCACCAGGUUCCGCUUCGGGCCUCUGUCGGCGGACCAGAUGAUCCCCCGGCUGAGGCACGUCAUUCAGGAGGAGAGCAUCGACAUCACCGAGGAUGGGAUGAAGGCCAUCGUGACUUUAUCGUCCGGCGACAUGAGGAGGUCGCUGAACGUCCUGCAGAGCACCAGCAUGGCGUACGGGAAGGUGACGGAGGACUCCGUGUACACCUGCACGGGACAGCCGCUCCGCUCGGACAUCGCUAACAUCCUCGACUGGUGCCUCAACAAAGACUUCACCUCGGCUUACAAACAAAUCCUCCAGCUGAAAACUUUGAAGGGUCUGGCUCUUCAUGACAUCCUCACCGAGCUGCACCUGCUCGUUCACAGAGGUAAUCCAGCAGAAAUACUCCCAUUACCAUCGUGGAGGGAGGAUUUUUUUUUUUUAUCCUCCUCACAGUUUCACGUCUUAGUUUUACAUCCUAAAGCAAGCAUCUCCUCUGAAACGUUUUCCUCUUCCUCUGCUGAAGUGGAUUUUCCUCCUGCUACCCGCAUGACUCUGCUGGUGAAGUUAGCCGACGUGGAACACAGACUCGCUUCGGGAACGGACGAGAAGAUCCAGCUGAGCUCCAUGGUGGGGGCUUUCCAGGAGGUCCGGGACCUGGUGGUCAGCGAGGCUUCAUGAAGUUCAGCAGAAUUAAAUACUUCAAAGACCCCAAAAA